CGACAGUUUGACAGGAAUAAGCCCAGCCGAGGAGGGUUCAGUACAGAUGUGACGGAAUAUGUCGGAAUUUCAGAAACAGAACCGAAAGAAAGCCUCAAGAGAGAAGAAAAUGGACAAACAGACUGUGAAAUUGAUCUCAGUUACAUUGCCUUUUGCGUGAUUUGCUUUUAUUUCCUCAACCCCCGCUCGGGUUGUAAACAGGGAAUAUGGAAAGAGCCCAUAGUCCGAGACCGGAGCAAUCAUCAAAACCAAGCCAUGAGCCCAUCCGUUUCGGCAUUGACCGGAUCCUCGGUUCCUCUGACCGACAGCAUGGCUCUGAGAGCAUCACGGACAGCCAAACCGGGAGCACCACGACAUUCACUGCCCUGGUUGCCCCACUCUCUGCAUUUCCUGGCACUUUAGAGGACCCGAAUGAGUUCGUACCGAACAGGACUCUGGGACACCGCGGGGUGAUCCGGGUCCCGGCGCACAGACCGCUUGGAGCCGCCAUAGCGCCGCCUGUGGUGAGCGCAGCUCCGGGCUUCGGGCCGCUUUGCUUCCCCUGGGUGGAUAAUCACCGCAGAUUCACCAAAGACAGACUACCAGCUCUACUAGCGUUGCCCAUAACUCGGCGCAUUGGUCACCCAUACCAGAACCGCACACCUCCCAAGCGGAAGAAACCACGCACGUCAUUUUCCCGCGUGCAGAUCUGCGAGCUGGAGAAGCGCUUUCACCGGCAGAAGUAUUUGGCCAGUGCUGAGCGCGCGGCUCUCGCCAAAACGCUUAAAAUGACCGACGCCCAGGUCAAAACGUGGUUCCAGAACCGAAGAACCAAAUGGAGGAGACAGACAGCGGAGGAGAGGGAGGCCGAACGCCAGCAGGCUAACCGGAUGCUACUGCAGCUGCAGGCUGAUGCCCUCCAGAAAUCGAUCAGUGAGUCAGUGCCUGUAGAUCCUCUCUGUGUGCACAACUCUUCACUGUAUGCCCUGCAGAACCUGCAGCCAUGGGCUCAAGAAAAAGCAGGCAAAAUGGCCACCACUACUUCACUGGCCUAAAUGAAUACUAAACCAAUGAGGAGUGACUGUGAUAGUGCAACAACUAAUCAUCUGGGAAUGUGUUACAAGCCAAGUAAGAUAAGCUUUAUGAUCUUUGUAUCAUAUUGGAUACAUAGGUUAGACAGUGGAAAGAAAUAAUCUGAUGAACCACCAAUAUGAGCAAAGCUGUAGACUUUUCUGAGGACACAAUCAGAUUUAUACUAUCUACAUUCUGGGAGGAGAGCACUAUUGAUCAGUAUCAUAGCAAAUAUGCAUCAGGAGAAUUUCCUGUACUCCCAAUGCUUUAUAUUAAAUAUAAUGGCUCAUCCACGGUCUUUGAGUUGAUAUUGUUGCACAACAAUCUUCAGAACUCAGUACUCUGAAACGUAUCUGAAAGGUGGCUUAUUUGUGUGAACAAAAUGUAUACUCAUGUAUACUGAAGUGUAUACUGAAAUGUUUACUAUUGUAUAACCGUCCAGGAGUCAAGCAAGAAAUAACACUGCAGUGGAAAUUGUGAAUGUAAAAUAAUGCAAGCAAGGUUUAUGAUUAUAUAACGUUUAUACUUCCUUUACAACAUGUUUUCUUUUCAUGGUAGACAGAAAGGACAAUCCAUGUCUGCAAAUCCAUACCUUAUUCAAAACAAGCAACUUGUAAUAUCUAAACACCCGGGCAAAAACACAUUAUUGUUGUCCAUCAUUAUUUUUUCCUCCAUUUUUAAGUCCUGUCCCAGCUGAUGUUCCAGUGUUGUUUGGCACAAAUAUAGACUGUGGAAUGUCUGAUUAUAUGUUUGACUUUUUAUAUAAUUGAGUAUAGUGUACAUUUCUACUCAUUGCCAGUGACUGUGUUGUUGAAAAUGAAGUUUACUUUUCUUCUGAAUUUCUUAUGAUUACUUGCAUUGCGACUAAUAGUACUGAAAUGAAAUGUGUCUUGGGCUUCUACAAAGUGUUUUGGGCCAAACUACAGCCUAAAUCUUGGCCCAGUUUCAUUACCAUUACAGUACAGAAAGUUACCAUGUUGUAAUUCUUGGAUGCCCAGUAAUUAAUACAAGCCUUGUAAAUCACUUUGCAUAGGAACAUGGUUGAGACAAACCGAAGUUCCGCCUUUAAAGGGAAUACUCCAGGAUUUUCACUCUCUGUGUAGUGCAUCUGCAGCAUAUGUGUGAUUACUGCUCACAAGAAUUUCCCUGUACUUUGAAAAUAACAAGAAACAAAUUUGAACUCUAAGUUAUGUGAGUGAAUGUUAGUUUUUAUUGUUUAUUUUAUUAAUGUUUACGUUUUUAUAUUUACAAAUUAUUAUAGACCUUUUUUCGAAAAGUAUUCACAUAAAAGUAUUUGUCUAUACAUGUAGGUUUAAACUGGCAUUACAAGUUUACUGACUUCCAUUAUAAGUGAGGUUUAGAUUUAGGUCACGUUGUUUUCUGUACUUUAUUAAGUUUAGAGUAAUGCAUCGAAACAGUAUCUGUUGUAAUCACACAUAUACUACAAAUCCUGUGGACAGAGAUUAGGUUUAUAAGUGUGGUCUUACUUUAUAAGUGUCUUUAUUAUGUGCGAGAUAGACGUAAAAUACACAGGCAACUAUAUAUCUAGUAAGAGUCUCUGCACUGUAACAAGUAGAUUACAGAUAUAAAUACAUAAAUGCACACACCUUGUCUUUUUCUGCCACUGUAAGAAUAAUGGCGGUAAUAACUUUUGUAUGAACUUCUAGUUUUGCCUAUACAUUCAUUAUAAGUACACAGGAAUUGUCUGCCUAUUGAACCAUAAAGAUAUGCAAUUGCUGUAAAUUACAGGUCUGAUUUGCUGACCUGUGACAAGGCAAAUAUACCACAGAAAUGAUAAAAAAUAAAAAAAAAAUAAAAAAAGUUAAGCUUUAACUUUUGUCAAGAUGCAUUUUUACACAGGAUUUACUUCUGUAAUCUAUUAGUAAUAGUGUAUAAAUUAACAGCAGUUACAUUACAGUUGCCUGCUUGGAUAUUAGACACAAUAUUAUAGGCACGUAAUAUAAAGUGGGAGCACAUAUGCUGGAAUAUUCCUUUGUAUACAAACACUUUGUUUUCUUAAUGAAGGGCAAAAUCCUUUAUGUUGGUAAGUUUCCACUCAUAGACUAAGCCUGGUCUUAGACUAAAUUUCAGUGUUAUUUAAACCCUUUUUAUUCCCAGAUGAGGAUUAGUCUAUGUCUGAAACACUAGGGCUAUAUUCGACUUCUUUCUAAACACGAGUGGAAAAUGUCUAUAAUAAAAUAUACAAAACUUUGUUAUGUAAAUAAUAUCGAUCAUUAUAU